UUCUGUCACUAGUUUAUUUGAAGACUUGUCUCCAAAGCCACCGUGAAAACUAUAAAGCAUUAAAAAAAUAAAACUCAACGUAAGACAGCACCAAAAAUAACACUGUACAACAAACAUGAUAAAUCAAUAAAUACCUCGUUGGCAGCAUGCUGCAAAAAGGGAAUUAUCCCCCGUUUCUUUUAAACGCGUGUAGUUAAAGUUCACUUAACAUGACUUUCAAUAAAGACCAUUCUUGAUGUGCGCUUACAUGUGUUUUCUUCUUCUUUCUACCCAAAAAGGAAACUAGCACAACUUGUAAGCAUGCUUGACUUUCAAAAUAAAAGCAUCUGUGAUUAACUCUCAGUGCUCGGAGCUCCACACUUACACAGGUUAAAGACCCAGAUUAGAGAUUAACUCUCCUUUUUUCUUCAAUGCACCAACACAAAACAUGCACAAAGUUUAAACUCAUUUCUCAUACAAAAGUAACUCAAUUUGAAUGACACGCAACCAGCAACUAACUGUUUCUGUUUCCUUCUGACGUUUUUGCCCCAUCUCUCAGACAGGUUUCCACACGUUCAAACACAGCAGAGUGAGAAAGAGGAAACUGCUGAGCAGCAGAACAUCAGUAGAGAUAGAAAAUUACAUGAACUGCCCAUAAAAGACAGACAUGGCCAGCAAAUACACUCGCCUUGCAGAGCAAGAAGAACCAGAGAAGCCAGAACUCAGGAUUUUGCUUCUUGGAAAAACUGGAGAUGGGAAGAGUGCAUCAGGAAACACCAUCAUAGGAGAAACAACUUUUAAAUCCAUACCAGCUUUUUCUGCAGUAACAUCAGAGUGUCAGAAGGAAACAAGUCUUUUUGAUGGUCAAAAACUGGCUGUAAUUGAUACUCCAGGUUUAUUUGACACCAGAAAAACUGAAGAGGAGGUGAAGGAAGAGAUCAGUAGGUGCAUCUCCUUUGCUGCUCCUGGUCCUCAUGUGUUCCUGGCUGUGAUUCAGGCCAACAGAUUCACAGAAGAAGGACAAGAAACUGUGAAAAUAAUUCAGAACAUGUUUGGAGAACAGUCAGCACGUUACACUUUGGUCUUGUUCACCUAUGGGGACAAUCUGGAGAGAGGUGGAUUCACCAUAGAAAACUUGAUCAAUGAUAAUCCUGUUAUCUCUGACUUCAUCAGUCAGUGUGGUGGAGGAUAUCAUGUCUUUAACAACACAGUCAAAAAUCCCUCUCAGGUCAGAAAGCUGCUGGAGAAGAUCAACACAAUGGUUCAGAGAAAUGGAGGAUACUACACCUAUGAAAUGUUCAGAGAAGCUCAGAGAGCCAUGAACAAACCAGAAGCCGACCUCAGGAUUGUUCUUGUUGGGAAAACCAAAGUUGGGAAGAGUGCAGCAGGAAAUCUCAUCUUGAGAGGAAAAGUAUUUCGAUCCACAGCUUCCUCUUCCUCUGAAACAUCAGAGUGUCAGAAGGAAACGUCUCUCUUUGAAGGUCAAACAUUGGCUGUAGUUGAUACUCCAGGUCUGUAUGAAACUAAACUAACUAAAGAGGAGGUGAAGAGAGAGAUUGUUAGAUGCAUCUCCUUUGCUGCUCCUGGUCCUCAUGUGUUCCUGGUUGUGAUCCAAGCAAAUGGAUUCACCAAAGAAGAACAAAAAACUGUGAAAAUCAUUCAGGGUAUAUUUGGUGAACAAGCAGCUGAUUACACGAUGGCCUUGGUAAUCCAUGAAGAUGGUGUGAAUAAAGACACCAUAGAAGAAGCAAUCAAACAUCCAGAUCUCAAAGACUUUAUCAGUCAGUGCCGUGGAGGACAUCAUGUUUUUAACAGCAGAAACAAAGAUCGCUCUCAGGUCAGAGAGCUGCUAAAGAAAAUCAACACAAUGACUGAGAGAAAUGGAGGAUGCUGCUACACCACCAAAAUGUUUGAAGAGGCAGAGAAAGCCAUAAAAACAGAGAUGGAACAACUGGAGAUGACAGUAGGUUCAGCCAAAGAAGGACGAUACAAAGCAGAAAGAAGGAACAAAUUCACCCUGCAGGAUUGGGACUCUACUAUUGCUGGAACUGCUGCUUCUACUGCUGCUUCUAAAACUGGUCAUGGUGCUGGAAUUGUUGCUGGAGUUGGUGCUGGAAUUGUUGCUGGAGUUGAAACUAUAGUUCGAAGAGCACAUGUUGGAGCAGCUGCAGGAGUCGCAGCAGGAAGUGCAGGAGCUGCAGGAGUUGCAGUGGACAUUGCAGUGAAUUUUGCCAUAAAAGCUGCAAUUUUGAAAUGGAAAUUGUGGGAUUGUGUUACACAGUAAUACACAGUAAAAAUCAAAAUCUAUAAUCAACUCGUAAACAAGGAAACAGAUGACAAUAAUAAUAGUACAGUAAUAGAUUGGACCUAUAGAGUAUUUUCUGAUAAAGUGGAAUAUACUAUAUGAUACCCAAAGAAAAAGUUUCUUUGGGACACCGUGAGAGUUUUUGUUCUACAGUAAUUUUGAUCAUUAAGCAGUAACCUAUUAAGGACAAAUUAUCAUAAAGACAGAAGAAAAUAAUCACAGCAUAGUGUACUUAUCUUUGUAAUUCUUAUUUUUGCUGAUUAUUUUUGCAUGAAAUAAAAUCUUUAAUAACAUCAUAGUUUUUGUUACUUUACUGAAUAGAAACAUGUUAAUCAUUACUGAUUAUUAGCUUACUUGUAAUGCCUUACAUAUCACCGCCUUUACCCAGGGGAUGCCAUACCCUGCAUUUACGGACUUCCUAAAAUCCACAAGGAAGCUGUCCCACUCAGACCCAUAGUCAUUAGCAUAAAC